AUGCACAACGCGGUGCGCACGCUCUCGCUCUCGCGCGAGGGCUUCGAGCAGGCUCUCGCACAGCCGCCGCCCCUACACACGACUCGGCUGGAGCUGGAUGCGACGCUGCAGUGCGACUGCGGCGUGUACUGGGCGGUGCGGCUGGCGCGCGAGGCGGGUGCGGCGGGCGCGGCGAGUGCGGUGCGCGGCGCGCGCUGCAGCGACGGGCGCGCGCUGGCCGAGCUGCGCGCCGAGCGGCUCGCCUGCGUGCUGCCCCCCGCCCGCUGCGCGCCGCGCUGCGCCUGCGAGCUGCGCGGGCUGCGGCUGCACGCCGACUGCCGGCACGCGCAGCUGGCCCGCGUGCCGCGCUUCCCCGACCCGCUGCUGCCGCCCGCCGUGCUGCUCCUGCAGAACAACUCCAUCGCCCACCUGAGCCCGGACGACCUGCCGCCCACGCUGCAGCUGGUGGACCUGAGCUACAACCGGCUGUCGGACGUGGAGGCAGAGAGCGCGGCGGCGCUGUUCGCGGGCGAGGAGCGGCGCGUGCGGCUGGCCGGCAACCCGCUGGCCUGCUGCGGCGCGCUGGCCGCCGCCGCGCGCGCGCACCCAGCGCGCCUCGACGACUGGCGCGCGCUGCGCUGCGGCGACCGCCCGCUCUCCGUGGCCGCGCCCGAGGAGCUCUGCGGCGCGCCGGCGUGGCGCGUGCCCGCCGCCGCCACUGGCGCCGCCCUGCUUCUAACCGCCGCUCUUGUCGCCAUUGCGCUCGUCCGUCCCGCAGCGCGCGCUUCACUUAAGCGUUUCCUCUGCACACACUGGUCGCAUCCAUCGGCGGACGGCGACGACGAUCGCCCCUACGACGUGUUCGUGUCGUUCUCGCAUAAAGACCACGCGUUCGUCACGGAACACCUGGUGCCCGGGCUGGAGGGCGGGUCGCGGCCGUACCGCGUGUGCGUGCACUACCGCGACUGGGCGGCCGGCGACUGGAUCCCGGCGCAGAUCGCGCGCUCCGUGCGGCAGGCGCGGCGCACGCUGGCGGUGGUGUCGCGGCACUGGGCGCAGUCGGCGUGGGCGCGCGCGGAGUUCCGCGAGGCGCGCGCGGCGGCGCUGCGCGACGCGCGGCCGCGCCUGCUGGCCGUGCUGCUCGACGAGCCGGCGCGCCUGGCCGAGCUGGCGCGCCUGGAGCCCGAGCUGCGCGACUACCUGGCCUCCAACACCUACCUGCGCUGGGACGACCCCGCCUUCUGGCACAAGCUGCGGCGCGCGCUGCCGCACGGCCCCUCCGCCCCUGCCCCCGCUCCCGCUACCGACACACCCGCAAUUACUACCGACACACCCGCAAUUACUACCGACACACCCGCCAUUACUACCGACACACCCAUCAUUACUACCGACACACCCCCUGCCACCCCUGCGCUCUUCACAUCACCUGUUGCCUAG